AUGGCCAUGGUGGUCGAGGAAAGUAUGGUUGCGAAACGAUGGCAACGGGCAAAUAGUUUGGAAUCCAGCACUGAUAAGGUGCCGAUAUUCUCCUCGUUAUCUAUAUGUACCUGUAGUAGCAGGAGAUCUAUGAUGGCAACGGCGUUGGCACUGCCAGUACUAGUAGCAAUCCCGACCGUGGGAAGCUGCGAAGAAGCCUUGCCCUUUCAAGAUAAAGAAGAAGAUGAUGGCGACAACAAGAGAGGAGGCAAACCAUUUGCUCCUGCCAGCGCCCUCUUACCAGCGACCCAGCUCAAGCUGGCAGUCGAUCAACUGUAUGACUUGUCGCAAUCUCUUGACGACAAGACCGCCAGCACACAACAACAACAAAAGUACCAAACGCUACAACAAAUGAGUCAAUUGUGGAAGAAUCGUCCUCCACUCUUUACUACUACAACUUCUGCCAAACAACAACAACGACUGCCUCCACGAGCGUCACCCUCCACGGCACAACUGACAACGGGAAUUUCAUCGGCCAACAAGCAGCAGUACCAAGCCAACCGCAAAGACUUGACAUCGCUCCCCGAUCGAAUGGCCGCCAUGCUCAAUCAAGCCGAUGUCGAACGUCAAUGGGGGAUGUUGCAGUACCAAGAAUCCAAGCUAGAAUCCAACAAUGAACUACGAGCCGCACUGAACUAUUACACAUCCCAACUCGAGUUUGGACAGGCAUAUUUGUUGACUGCGAGCAAGGAGACGAGAAAACAACUGAUUCGGAAUGAUCAAUUACCAUCCUUGACGGCAGUCAUAACGGCCGACUUGGAUUUGAGAGAUUUGUAUCGCAAUGAUUUCCUAACCGCCAUGGAUGAUGCCAUUGCGGAGAUGGAGUAUCAAUUGAAGCUAACGCCGCAAGAAGUGGACGUUACAGAUGUUGUAGAGCUCCUGGAGCAGGCUCAUACGGCCUUGUCCAAGUGGUUCGGUCUCAUUGCUUGGAGUGAUGUGCAAGAGGCAGUGGAAACGAUGAGACAAGAAGGGUGA